AUGUUACUCAACGAGGCAUCAAAUGAAGAUGAUGAAUCUUACUGUUAUCGCCGUCUUGGAAUGAUUAAGGAUAAUCUAGGACAAUACAAUGAGGCCAUCAAAUUUCGUCAAAAAUCUUUAGAUAUCGACGAGAAAACUCUCCCUCCAAAUCAUCCCGACUUGGCUGCUUCCUACAACAACAUCGGUAAUGUGUAUAGAAAGAUGGGCGAGUACUCAAAAGCACUUUCAUUGUACGAACGAUCACUUGAAAUCCAAAAAAUAGCUCUCCCUCCGAAUCAUCCCGACUUGGCUGCUUCCUACAACAACAUCGGUUUGGUGUAUGAUGAAAUGGGCGAGUACUCGAAAGCACUUUCAUAUUACGAACGAUCACUUGAAAUCCGAAAAAUAGCUCUCCCUCCGAAUCAUCCCGACUUGGCUGCUUCCUACAACAACAUCGGUUUGGUGUAUGAUGAAAUGGGCGAGUACUCGAAAGCACUUUCAUCGUAUGAACGAGCACUUGAAAUCUUCAAAAUAGCUCUCUCUCCGAAUCAUCCCGACUUGGCCUCUAACUACAACAACUUUGGAGAAGUUUAUAAUCACAUGGGCGACUACUCGAAAGCGCUUUCCUUCUUUGAACGUGCGCUAAGUAUUCUGAAAUUCGCUCUUCCUGCGAAUCACCCUGAUUUGGCAUAUCCAUACAAUAACAUUGGCUUGGUUCAUGAAAAAAUAGGUGACUACUCAAAAGCACUCUCGUUUCUACGACAGGCACUUGAUCUCCGCGAAAAAUCUCUCCCGGCGGCACAUCCUAAAAUUCAAGAAUCACAAAAUAAUGUUGGGCGCGUAAAAAACAAAAUGUAAUUUUUUUUUGCUCUUUUCAAAAGAAAAAAUAAAUUGGCUAUUCAUGUACAUAAGGCUCACCGAAACGCACCAGCUGCAAUAAUUUCGCACACGCGCGACCAGGGAUACCCUCCGUAUUCUAUUGGGUUGUACAGUGGACAAAGCCGGCAAUGAUAAGGCAAACAUACAUUUAUGCAUGUAUGACUAGCACAUCCAUGAUCAUCAUCUUCGGAAAGACGAUGACGAGAUGGAUGCUUCUAGUCACACAUACAUAGAUAUAUGUUAUGAAGGCCUACCAUGUACACGCCUGCACAGGUUACCAACAGAACGUCGGAUAUCCCUGGGAAGGUUCAUUUUGUUUUAGAGCCACCCUC